GAAGGAUGCUGCUGAUGUCACCGCCGUUGAGGCGCUGAAGGAUACCCAGUUCCAGUCCCAAUCCCAGCCCCAAUCCUAUCCAGGACAAGCCACACACAUGUUGCUGCCACAACAAAGAUGCUCAGUGCUGCGAAUGCGACUGCAACACCGACCCAUGCAGCAGCAGCAGCCGCGAUUGCCGCAGCCGAGACUUAUGUCAUAACAAACAAACAUCAGCAACACCCGCAACAACAGCAGCAGCAACAACAACAACAACAAGUCUUAGUUGUUGCCGCCAACAAAAUGGUGAUACCAGCAACGGGAGCAACAAUCGCCGGUAUACCAACAGCAACAACCACAGCAGCCGCCGAAACAACAGCUUCACAGCAGCAGCAGCAACAACAACAGCAUCAGCAACAGCAGCAGCAGCAUGUCUUGUUCCAGCCGCACCUACAAACAACAGCAACAGCAGCAACCAGCACACCUCAGCAACAGCAACCACCUCAGCCGCGUCAGCAUCCCAAGAAGCGAAAAUUCGAUCCAGCCGAGCUGGACAAACCAGAGCAGCAUCCCCAACAGCAGCAGCAUCAGCAGCAGCAACUGAGCGUGCAGAAGCAGCAGAAACCCGCCGAUACCAAUGGCAAUAGCGAUGGCCUGGCCAACGGCAAUGUUGCUGCUGUGCAGCAACAUCAGCUGCAUCGCAUGAUCGUGAGUUGCGGUGCAGGCGCCAGCAACAACAAUAGCAACAGCAGCGAUAACAAGCAGCAGCAGCAGCAACAGCAACGUAUUAUCAUUGCAUCCCCGCUGCAACAUGCCAGCAGUAGUACUUACAAGCAACAUGUUGCAGGCAGUAGCAGCAGCAGCAACAAUAGUCACGCAGCCACAAUCAAUCAUCAGCAACGCACACACACGCCCACAACUGCCGUCUACUACCAACAACAACAACAACAACAGCAGCAGCAUCAACAGCAAUCACGUUUUAGCUUUAACUCACACAAUCAGCAACAUGCACAGGAACAACACCAGCAGCAACAGCAGCAGCAGCAACAGCAGCAGCAGCAGCAAUCCCUGCUCGAUCUCAGCGAGUGGAAUAACACACGUGUCCUAGCCAAAAUCCAUAACCACUAUGCCCCCGGGAUUAUCCGGCAAGUGCAGGAGGCCAGUCCCGAUUCAAUACUCGUGGAAUUCGAUUCCGCCGAUUUGGGGCUGCUGCUAUAUCCGGAUGUGCUGCACCAGGGCCGCAACCAUGUGAUACUCGAUGCCAGCCCGCCCAUGGCGGAUAUUACUGUGGACGCCCGUGUCUGUGUGCGGCAACGGAUGGAGGGGCGUGGCUCCGGCAGCUUCGUCUAUGUAGAGGGCGUCAUAACGGACAUCAAUCAGGCCACGAAGCAAUACAGCGUGCAGUUGAUCGGCGACGAAUUGGCCACCACCAAGGUUGUGCGUCGUGCUGAUCUGCGUCUCCUUCAGCCGCCCUGGUGGGAUGAGCUCAACGAACUGACACCUUCGGGUGGAGCAACUGCCCCGACAGCUGGGAAUGGCAAACGGAAGGUGUCCGCAGGAGGAGCAGCUGUUGGCGAAGCGAUGACCGUGCCCAGUGGCAACAUUGUGUACCCCAAGGCGGCAACCGGAGCGCCUCUGACCUUCGUGGCUACGCGCUACGACGGUAAGCUGCCCACGGCACCACCCACGCCCACCCACCAGCAACCGCACCAGCAGAACCUUGUGAAACAAGAAGAGUAUUAUCGGACCACGGCCACGUCGCCGUUCCAGACGCGUCCCCCAAUGGCCGGCCAGGCGCAUAUAGCUGAGCAGGCAUCACAGUCGCAGUCGCAGUUGCUACCCCAUCCUCAGCAGACCAAUGGCCUGCCGGACAUCGUGAUCUCCCCGGGCAGUAAUGGGCAGCAUCUUAAGAUGCAGCAGCAACAACAGCAGCAGCAGCAGCAACAGCAGUCGUCACGAGGCUACGACGACUACGACUCGGAUGAUGAGCUGAAGCGGGUCGGCAUUGGCUACUCGCCAGCGACUGGCGACCUGGACACGGAGAAGAUGAGCACCUGCAGCAAGCGGAGCAGCAUGCAAAGCCGCGGCAGCACGUCCAGUCUACUCGACCAGAGGCUCACACCACGAUCUCAUCCAGCAACCCCAAGCACUGUCAUCCUCCACAGAUCUCAGGCCACCACGCCGCAUCGCUUCAAGAAGGGCGACAUUGUGGAGUCGGAGUCCGGCGUGCGCAAAAAGUACAAUGGGAAGCAGUGGCGCCGCCUGUGCAUGCUCUGCUCCAAGGAAUCUCAGCGGCGGGGCUUCUGCUCGCGACACCUUAACCAGAAGGGUAACAACAGUACCCUGCCCUCGUCCACGGGUCCGGGUCGUUUGCAUAGUGACAGCCGAUCGAGCAGUAAGACGCAGAUAGACGAGGACACAUCGCGUGACUCGGAGACGUCGCCCAACUACCGGGUCAAGGGUCGCUACGAUCAGGAGGAGACCGAUGCGGCCGUCAUGCUGGUGUCACUGAGCAGCUCCCGAUCCGCCACGCCGUCGUACGCAUCACCGGUGAACCACGCCGGAGCCUCUCCGUUGAACGCCAUCGCCCAUUCGCCGGUCAAUGUGUCCGCCACUCAUAGGCAGAACUUUUUCACGCCCAUCGCCAACCAGUCGCAGCAAUCCCAACAGCAGCAGCAGCAGCAGCAGCAACCGGUGGGCACUGUUUCCCUGGAGGGCAAGUGGAAGGCGACACCCAGUCCGGUGCUCUAUAAUGCCAACAACAACGGCAGUGCCAGUAAUAACAACAACAAUGGCUGGGAGACGAGCAGCAGCAAUACAGGAGGAGCAGGCGCAGGUGGUGCACCUGGACCGCAGCAGCCAUUGCCGCCGCAAACGACGCCGGUGUCGCUGGUUAUGCACGCUCCGCCGCCGCACCACCAAGUGCAGCAGCAGCAGCAGCAGCAGCAACACCAGCUCCACCAACCGCCGCCGCCGCCACCUGCCGCUCACCUCAACGCCAGCCUGCCAGCGCCAUCAGCUCCGCAUAUCGGUAGCAGCAGCAGCAGCAUGGGUCAUGCCACCAGCGUCAUACGCAUCUCCAGCAGUCAGCAUCAGCACCAGCCACAACAGCAGCAGCCACAGCAGCAGCAUCCCCAUGUGGUAGUGUCCGGCGGACAGACGUUCCAUCCCGUGAUCGUGGAUGCCUCGCAGCUGACGGUACAGCCCAUGCCGCCCACCACGGUUUCAUUUCAUCAGCCCAACACGCCCACCACAUCAGUAGCCGCGACAGUUGCACCCUUGGGUCAGGAGAAGGUGUUGCCAAAAAACGGCUACAAUGCGCCUAGCCAUCCCUGGUACAAGCUGCUUCCCCAGAUGCCGCCCAUGACCAAGCCGCCGGCAGUGUCGGUUGCCCAAGCCUCGACCACUGCGGCCAGCAGCUACAGCGUUGUGAUGAUGCAGCAGCAACACCAACAGCAGCAGCAACAGCAGCAAUCAUCACCGCAGAUGCCUCUGACCCACAAUAAUAACCAUCUGACUGUGCCCGCUCCAAUAUGCUCACCGGGCAAGCCGCUCAACUGUUCCAUGAACGAUGCCAAGGCAGCGGCAGCAGCUGCCGCAGCAGCAGCAGCCAGUCAUCAUCAUCAGCAGCAACAACAGCAGCAACAGGAGGAGCAGUUGGACGAACAGCUCGACGACGAUGUGUUCGAGGCGACACCCACCAGCAGCAGCAACAAGAAGCCAACUGCAGCCAUGCGACUGCCAACGUAUAAUAGCAACAUUCGUAAGCUGGAGGAGUGCCAUGACGCGAGCGAUGGAGCAGCCGGUGCGCCAGUUACCUCGGCUGCCAAGCGCAGAAGCCAAUCGCUGAGCGCCUUGCAGCAACAACAACAACAACAGCAGCAGCAACAGCAGGCAGGAGCAGCGGCUGGACAACCGGCGAACAAGAAGAUCCGUCGUCCAAUGAACGCCUUCAUGAUAUUCUCGAAGAAGCAUCGCAAGAUGGUGCACAAGAAGCACCCAAAUCAGGAUAACCGAACAGUUAGUAAGAUUCUGGGUGAGUGGUGGUAUGCCCUAAAGCCAGAGCAGAAAGCACAGUACCACGAAUUGGCCAGCUCCGUGAAGGAUGCACAUUUUAAGCAGCACCCAGAGUGGAAAUGGUGCUCCAAGGACCGUCGCAAAUCAUCAACUUCGACGGCUGCGACAGGAGGCAAGGCUGGUGGGGCAGCUGGAUCGGGAGAUGCCAAGCAGCGCCUGGUCUCGGUGGAUGGUUCUGAUUCCCUGGAGCACGACAUGUGCCCCACGACCCCCGGUGGCAGCGGUAGCUGCGGUGGCCAAGGCAUUUCCUCUGAUCUCCAAGGCGACAUUAUACCGCUAACAAUCGAUAACUAUAACAGCACUUGUGAUGAAGCGCCAACCACCAUUUCGCUAAAGGGCAACGGAAAACUCCUGAAGAACGAGUUGCCCUCGGACGAGGAUGAGCAGAUGCUGGUGGUUGAGGAGGAGCCAGCACAGCAUCAGCCCGCUAAGAAGCUGGACCUGCAUUGCCGGGAGCGAGUCAACGAUUCGGACAUGGACGAGGCGCCGUUCGACUACCGCAAGCAGCAGACAGACGCAGAUCAGCGUUCGGCUGAGGAGCCCAAUACGUCCGGUGCCAACGGCCAGGCCAUGAGUGCACCACUAUCCAGCGGAAGUGGUGGAGAGCGUGAGAUUACACUCAAACCGAAGGCCAUCAAGGCCCAUCCGGUGCUGGAGAGCACCAUUCUGCCAUACCCACAGAUGUCCAUCUACACGCAGUACACUAGUCCCAAGAAUCCAAUCGGUGUAACACCAUUCCAACCCACAGGCGGCGCCUUUAAGUCAAUGCCAAUUAGCCCCAAGGGCAGCGGCAGCAAGCCAGAGGAUGCUGCAGGCCUGCAGUCACAUAUCAAGCAGGAGGACAUCAAGCAGGAGCCACCGUCGCCCUACAAGCUAAAUGGCAGUGGAUCUGCAUCUGGCGGAGGAGGUGUGCUCAGCGCUCAUCCGCCAAGUAGCGGCAGUGUCUUUAACUUUAAUGUGCCAACAGCGACGGCUUUGAGUCAGAAGCAGUUCCACUACCACAUGCAUCAUCCCCAUCGCAGUCCCACUGACUUGAGAGCUGCACAUCAGGCGUGUGUGCCAUCGUCGCCGGCUGGGAUGGGACUGGGACAUGCGGCUAACAUUGCCACGCCCCCAGCAUCAGCGCCGGCCCAGAUCAUGGCAGGGGGACCAGCGGCAGGCCAAAAGAUGUUCUUCGCCAUGAGCAGUCCGUACUCAAUGAUGCAGCGCCAUACGCCGGGCACCCCCAGUCUGGAGCAACUCCAACUGGACGCCUUUCCGCCGGGCAGUUACAUCUUUAAGAACCACAACGGCCUGGCCUCCCUGCCUCCGCCCGUUAGCGCGCAGCCCACGAUGCUGUUGCAUGGCUACACGCCCAGUCACAGCGCUGAGCCGCCGGCCAGCUCACCCUCGUACAAGUCGAUGCCCUCCACACCCAAAUCGGCCACGUAUUUGAUGAGUGCACCGCCCCUGGAAAGAGGAGGCAUGGAAGGAGGCGCAGGCAUGGGAAAUGCAGCAGCAACAAGUGGAGGCGAUGAGAGCGAUAUGGAUGCCGAUGGUCAGCAGUUUAUUUUGGCACCUACACCUGCUCAACUGGGACGAGCACCCUUACAGCGGCGCAAGAAUCUAUCCCAAAGCAAGUCGGAGAACAAUGUGUCCUUUGGCUCUAAUCUGGGGGCCAGCAAUGGUCAGCACAUCAGUCGUAAACUGCACUCGCCCACAAUGAUGGAUGCGUCGUCGCCGAUCAUUGGGCAUGUGAAUAGCAGCAGUCUCAGCUCGGCACUGCCCACGCCCACCUCAUCGACCACGACGCCGAAUAGCGAUGAGCAACUGCCUCUUACACCAACCACUAGCAACAGCAACAGCACGAACAACAAUCACCAGCCCAAAUCCCCGAUGAAGGGUGCAGCAGGAUCAGCAGCAGCGGCCGCCCUCAAAAAGAAGAACGAUGAAAUGAACGACAGCGUGCUCAAGCAGGUGGACUUUGAGAAGAAAUACAAGGCCCUGCCGCAAUUCCAGCCGGAGGAUUGUCAGUCACCCAGUGCCAUUGCUGUGCCCUCUUCGCCGCGCGUUUAUGGCACAAAUUAUCGCAAAAAGAACUCUGCAGCGCCGCCAGUACAGAAGCUACUGAGUGAAGACGAUUCCAUUGACGAACCAGCCUCGGCACCGCCAACCACCACACAACGUUUCUUUGGCCCAGACUUUUCCAACGAGCUAAAAGAUGAACGCCUUGCAGAACUGGACAGUUCCGAUCAAACAGGCCGCUCGCCCAGAACGCCAAAGACGCCACUGCAGAGCGCCCGGUCGGAUGCCAGCGAGAAGGGACAUCGCAAAGUGUUGGAGACGCGCCGUCAUCUGGUUAUGCAACUAUUUGCGGUACAUGGUAACUUCCCCAGUGCCCAGGCCACCAUAGCCUUUCAGACCAAGCACAUUGCUGUCUUUCCUCGCAAGCAAGAUCUGCAGCUAAAGAUACGCGAGGUGCGCCAGAGGCUUCUGGGCACUCCACAUUCGGCGGGGCCCAACACGCCGGCGGACUCCAACUCGUCGUCGACCACACUGAGUGCCAGUAGCACUGGACUGAAUAAUGUGCAGUCAGCCAAUGCUCCUCCCAAUGCGACAGGUGGACACCAGCAACAACAGCACUCGGAGCAGCUGCAUUCUGAUGCCAAGUACAAGUAAGGGAUCAUUGAGGAGGAGGAGCAAGCAUGGGACAAGACAACAGAUACAAAUGAUUAGCUGCAAGUGACCAAAUUACUUAAGAAUAGUAAGCGAAUCGACAGGAACAACAAUUGCAGCAACUCAACAUCAACACACACACCACAAGCAACAUGAAAUGAGAUACAAGCAAGAGCUCACACUUGGCUUCAGCUCAUCAUGCAUCCGAUGCAUGGUUAACUAGUUUUUAUUAUUAAUUGCAACAUUAAAUUAAAGUAGCGAGCGGCGAGAAAAGGGAGAAAGAAGAUUACAAAUUUUAAAUUACAAUAGGCAUAUACAAUAUAUAUAUACAUGUAAUUUGUGAGUAUAUAAUGAGAAACUGAUUACGAAUGAAUUUAUUAAGCAGCUUAAUAAAUCAGGAGCAACCACAAAUGCAGAGCUGACAGGUAGAAACUUUGAAGAGAAUUGGAACUUUUGAAGCACACAUAUGAAGUACAGUAAACAAAAUAACAGAAACAGAAACAAAACUAAAAAAGAAAACAAAACAUGCAUACAUAAUGGAAACAUUGUAUAAUCCUCCGCGUAACGGCUUAGGUUUUAAUUUACAGGCAAAAACUACAACUUACAAAAUUGAAGAAAGAGCGACGGAAAUAGAGGUUAAGCUUUAACUUAAAUUGCACAUUAAUUUUGAAGUGUAUUAAGCACAAGCAAAGAAUUGUAUAAAAAAAAAAAAAACAGAAACAAAACAGUAAGAAACUUGAAAUGAAUACUGUGUAGUUGUAUUGUAUAUUUAGUCAUAACAUUUUAAAAGUGAACAAAUCCCUCAAAAAACGCCCUACACCCCCCUUCCCCAACACACAUCUUAAUGCUUUUAAACUGUUUGCUUUUGUUCUCAAACUAACAAGUGAGAUGGAGAACGAAACCUUUUUAAAUUGUAUGUACAUUUCCUUUAAUUGGCUUUUUACACUGUUGUCUAAUUGAAUUAUAAUUUAUAUAUAUAUAUAUUUUUAUUAUUGAUAUAUCUUAGAAUAGCCUGUUUUUAAAUUGUACACACAAACACACACACCGAAAAAUAAACUUCGAAUGAGAAAUUAA